AUGUGGGAUUCCGGCAAAGAGCGACCGCAAAGAAGACAGAGACUAGACAAAACAGAAGAAAAGACGAUGUCGAAGCCGUCUUCUUCUGCGUUCACUUCGUUGCCAGAUGAUGUUGUUCUGAAUUGCUUGGCACGCGUAUCGAGAUCGGACCACGCUUCGUUAUCUCUCGUCUCCAAGUCGCACCGCUCUCUACUGCGUUCCCCUGAGCUCUACGGCGUCCGAUCCCGAAUGGGUCUCACCGAAAAGUGCAUCUUUCUAUGUCUAAGCAUCCCUUCAGACCCGUUUGUACGGUGGUUCGCCUUCACCCCAAAAGCCCUAAACAGGCUGGUCCCAAUCCGGCCGCACUUGUAUCAGCCUUCGGAAGUAUCCGCCGUGGUGGCACAUGGCUGCGGGAUCUAUAUCAUCGGUGGGGUGUUUGGCGGGAGGAGAUCGUCGAGGGUAUUUUUCCUGGAUGGACGAACUCACACGUGGACCAAUCUCCCUUCCAUGUUGGAAGCUAGAGCUUCUGCGGCGGCGGGCGUGGUGGACGGGAAAAUAUACGUCUUGGGAGGGUGCGAGAAAGGGAAAGCCCGUAUAUAUGGUGAGGUUUUCGAUCCGGACGCAGACUUGGGACGCCCUGCCAAUGCCGCCGCCGGAUUGGAAUCUUAA